UGGUGAUCGAAUCGUCUGAGUGAGAUGAACACUACACAAUGGCCAGAUGGUCUGCAGCUGUUCAGACGCCCAGAGCUCAGGCACCACUGCUGACGCACAAUUCCCGGGGAGCUCGCAGCGCUUUGCGGAACGCAGCCAAUUUCGGCGAAGUCGAUCCCUCGAGAUCAUCCUCCAGAGACACGUGGGGCAUGGAGAAAGGCCGCCGGCUUCCUUGCCACGUAGACAAAUCCUUCGUCUCAUCUCCUAGGCGUCACUCUGACGACCACGUUUCCUGUCAAGACUCUGAUUACUUAUCCCUUCCACUGUCCAAAGCCCGAUCUGACCAAGCUGUACAGAACACAGUCGAAUGAUGUGUCAUGUUACCGCCUUCCUUGUCUGUGUCUUUGCUGCCACGCUUGCUGUUGCUAAGCACCACCAUCACCAUCGUCCUGCCGGCAAGACCUGGACCUGUACAGAGCACGUCGCGGGCGGCGAGUACAUUGAUGAAGGCCUGAAGCCAUACACGACUUGUCAGACGGGGUCUACCCUCUGCGAUCAGCAAUUCAGUGGCAUGUCCGGAUUAGCUCUCUGCAACGCGCACGACGAGAGAGAGCUGAAAACAGACUGCAAACACUCGAGUCAGAUCAGAAUGAAAGCUUGCCUCGCCAGCGUACUCCUCGCAAUCUUUUGCACGAUGGCUGUCGCCCCGCAAGGACCGGACUGUUAUCGCGGUACCAGCCAAACAUGCGGAGAGUACGGCGACUGUGUGUGGGUGAUUGACCAUGCUGGCUUCGGCAGCUGUGUACCUCGCUGAUCGAUGAGACAUCAUUUGCCUCAUACAAUGCGGGUCAUGUCCAGGCAUGUUUGUCAAAGCCGAAUGCAAUGUGAUGCAUGGCAAUAGCUU